CGGAUUCGUCCAAGACAUACUAGAAACGCCAACGUUCCAAGUAACACAUAUCAAAAAUGAAAUUCCUGGUUGUCGCCGUUGCCCUUUUGGCCGUUGCCCACGCCGAUGUGUCCCACCUGUCGGGCUACAACUACGCUCCCGUGAGCAUCCCCGCUCCGGCUCCCCUUCCCGUGAAGGUGGCUCCUGCUCCUGUCCCAGUGAACACCUACAUUCCCCCCGCACCGGCGCCAGCCCCCGUCCAGGUCGAGAUCCCCGCCCCGGCUCCCGCACCCGUGGUCAUCCCCGCCCCCGUGAAGGUUGCCCCCGCUCCCGCUCCCGUUGCCAUUCCCGCUCCCGCUCCAGUCAACACCUACAUCCCCCCCGCACCCGUGCACGUUGAGAUCCCCGCUCCGGCUCCCGCUCCAGUGGCCAUCCCCGCCCCCGUGAAGGUUGCCCCAGCUCCCGUGCCAGUCGCCGCCCCCGUGAACACCUACAUUCCCCCCGCACCCGUGAGCAUCCCCGCCCCCGCCCCCGUGAAGGUCGCCCCCGCUCCCGUCCUGGCCCCCCAGCCCGUUCUGGAGGAGAUCGAGCCCGUGUCCGCCGAUGGCUACCGUUACAAGACCGUCCGCCGUGUGGUGCGUCGCCGUUACUAGGGAGUUACUCCGUCGCUUCUCCAACGGAGAAGUUCACUGAAUAAACGAAAAAUAUAGAAUUUACUACAUAAA